GUCAAGUUUGACUGACUGUCUGGCUGGUCGUAGUAGCAGCACCACUGCCUGACUGACUGACUGUAUCUGGCAGCUGAAGAGCACAGUCAUAAAAAAAUAAACACACCUCGUCGGUACUCUGGAUAUCUUCGGGUUUGUUCUCUACCGUCUGUUCCGAACCAGCGCGAACCGGAUUCGUGAUGCGAACGUAGCCGUUGAGCGAGCGAGCCGGGCCGAGGGAGAGCUGCUGGCUCUGGCCGUACCCUUCAUCCAGACCGGAGCAUAAAUGUUGCACACAGACCGGUUUGCCGACUUGGUUGACGACGCCGGAGAAGAUGCGCAAGGACGUGAGGAUUUUAUUAGUGGGAGAGCCCAAGGUGGGGAAGACGUCUCUCAUCAUGUCUCUGGUCAGCGAGGAGUUCCCAGACGUGGUUCCCUACCGAGCUGAGGAGAUCACUAUACCUGCAGAUGUCACACCAGAGAGGGUUCCCACGCACAUUGUGGACUAUUCAGAGGCAGAGCAGACAGAUGAGCAGCUGUUUCAGGAGAUCUCCAAGGCAAAUGUGAUUUGCAUUGUUUACUCUGUCAACAACAAGAAGUCCAUAGAGAAGGUGACAAGCCACUGGAUCCCCCUCAUUACUGAGAACACAGAUAAGGACAGCAGGGUUCCUCUGAUCCUGGUGGGGAACAAGUCCGACCUGGUGGAACACAGCAGCAUGGAGACCAUUCUACCCAUUAUGAACCAGUACAGUGAGAUAGAGACGUGUGUCGAGUGUUCAGCAAAGAACCUGAAGAACAUCUCAGAGCUGUUCUACUACGCCCAAAAGGCAGUUCUCCACCCAACAGGUCCCCUCUACUGUCCAGAGAAAAAAGAUAUGAAAGCACUUUGUAUAAAAGCUCUGACUCGAAUCUUCAAAGUGUCGGAUCUGGACAACGAUGGAAUUCUCAAUGAUAUUGAGCUCAACUUCUUCCAGCGGACGUGCUUCAACACCCCACUGGAGCCUCAGGCGUUAGAGGAUGUAAAAAAUGUGGUGAGGAAGAAUUUGAUUGAUGGCGUGUGUGACAACGGCCUCACUCUGCAAGGCUUCCUGUUCCUCCACACGCUGUUUAUUCAGAGAGGCCGCCAUGAAACAACCUGGACGGUGCUGAGAAGGUUCGGGUACGAUGAUGACCUGGAGUUAAAUCAGGACUAUCUCUUCCCUCCAUUGAAAGUGCCCCCAGACUGCACUACUGAGCUCAACCACAACGCCUACCUCUUCCUACAGAGCGUCUUUGACAAACAUGACAAGGACCGUGACUGUGCCUUGUCGCCAGAAGAGCUGAAGGAUUUGUUUGAUGUUUUCCCCUACAUGCCCUGGGGCCCAGAUGUCAAUAACACAGUUUGCACUAAUGACCAGGGUUGGAUCACCUACCAGGGGUACCUCUCACAGUGGACGUUAACAACGUAUCUGGAUGUCCAACGAUGUCUGGAGUAUUUAGGCUACCUUGGUUAUUCAAUAAUCGCUGAGCAGGAGUCCCAAGCAGCAGGAAUUACAGUGACCAGAGAUAAGAAGAUUGACCUGCAGAAGAAGCAGACCCAGCGCAGCGUCUUCCGCUGUAACGUCUUUGGAGACAUUGGCAGCGGCAAGAGCGGCUUCCUCCAAUCCUUCCUGGGUAGAAACCUCAUGCGCCAAAAAACAGUCAAAGAAGAGCACCGAUCCUACUAUGCCAUCAGUACAACCUAUGUUUAUGGCCAGGAGAAAUACCUUCUUCUUCAUGAAGUAUUUCCUGACUUCGAUUACCUGUCUGAUGCUGAUCUGGCCUGUGACAUUGUCUGCCUGGUCUAUGAUGUCAGCAACCCUUACUCUUUUGAGUACUGCGCCAAAGUCUUCAAGCAAUACUUCAUGGACAGCAAGACGCCAUGUAUGAUGAUCGCAGCCAAGUCAGACCUGCCUGAGAUCAAGCAGAUGUACGGCUGCAGUCCUCUGGAGUUCUGUCGCAGGCACAAGAUGCCGCCUCCUCAGUCCUUCACCUGUAACACGGCAGCAGCUCCCAGCAGAGACAUCUACACCAAACUGACCACUAUGGCCAUGUACCCCCACGCCCGGCUGCGCUGCAUGUGCACUUGUAACCGGUGCACAUUCUGCUUGUGUCAGAACUUCCUCAACUCUGAGCUGCUGCAGACGGUCAGGGCCAAACUCUACGCCGUCGUGCUCAGAAGACACGUAAGCCAAGCAGAUCUGAAGAGCUCGACAUUCUGGCUGAGAGCGAGUGUUGGCGCUACAGUGUUUGCAGUGCUGGGCUUCGCCAUGUACAGAGUGCUGCUCAAAACACGGUGAUCCUCGAGCAUCCGGAUCCAACCCUCAGUAAUCAUGGUACUUAACGGAGGCUAUUUUGACCAGUCAAAGCAUUAGGUUGUUCCAUUUGCAUUCAGCAAAUUAAACUAGUACGAAAAAUCCUUCAUGGUUCUAUAGUUCAGUGGACCCCUAUUAAAAAAAAAAAAAAAGUGCAUUUUAUUUUUAGGGGGAAAAUUGUGUGCAAUCUUGAAUAAGCAAACCUUUGUUUUUGCAUUUUCAUUCCACUGUGUUUCUCUGCUUGGAGAUAAAAGAGAAAAAUAUUUAUUUUGUACCAAAUUGCUAAUUUGCUUAAUCUGUCAUCUGCAAGAAUUUGCAAAGAAAAGAAAAUAUAUUUAUAUUUAUAUAAAAAAAAAAAAACCGAAGUUAAGCUGCUGGUGAGUCAUAGUGAGUUACAUACGAUAUAUAGCUUAUUUUUUUUUGGUUGCUUGCUGAUUGAUGAUGAACAAGUUGUUGUCGCAGAACGUGUAAUAGGGUUUGUGAGGUAUGCAGUAGAAGUGACUCCUUUUGAACAAUAUGUAAAUACUGUAUAUAUAAUAGACUGUACAUUUGUUUGUUUUUGUCCAAAAGGCCAUAUCUGAUUUGCAUUUCAAAUCACUGAUUGCAGAAAUAAUAAUUUAACAGUCUGGUCAUAAACUUGCACAAACAUUAGCUGUUAUCAUUCACACCGACAGAAAAGGGUUUUCUGUUUAUGGCCAAAUGCCUGGACACUUGUUUUUUUUUUUUUAAUGUUUGCACAUCUGAGCAAGUCAUUGUUAUAUCAGUAGAUGUGAAAGUGGAGAAUGAAGAGUUUGCUGCACUCUCUCUCUCUCUCUCUCUUGUCUUCCCAUAUUGGCCACUUUACUUUUCAUGUUUGCAUAUGUACGCGCUAAGAUACUGUAAAUUUACACCAUGAAGUUAUUGUAUCCAUUUUGAGUUUGCAUGCUUCUGAAUUUCUGGCCACAUUCCAGUGUUAAAAGAAAACAAAUACCCUGCUAACUUUUCCCCCAUUGCUUGCCAGGUUCCAGUAAUUCAGGUCUUUAAGUUUCUUGAAGUGACUGCUGCUGAACAGAGGAGACUUGGGUCAUUUGACCGUUUGUUGUGAUCCUCAGUCUCAGCUGGUCCUGGUCACAAGACAUGCAAUAAAGUGGCCCCAGAUUUGAAUUUUCAUGCAGUUACAGCUUCUUGCCACAAGGUUUAGUUCAUGUAUUCACUCAGCCCUGCCUUUCCAAACGUUUACAAUAAAUAACUAUGUCUAUAA